UCACAUUCCCUAUUGUUAUGCCUCAUUUCCCUUAAUACAAGGAACAACUCACCACAACUUUAAUGAAUAUAUCCUUCUUUUAUUUCUCCAAAGAAGACACGCUUAACUCACUGCAAUACAUAGCAAUUGCCAGUACAAAAAAAUAACGAUAGAUACAUACUCUUUCACCUUCAUGUUUUUCUGUACUCUCAAUUAUUUUCUGUUUUGUCACCUCCGGUUAUGAUUCAUAACGGGGAAGAACUAUUAUAUGCUGGGAGGAUAUGCGCUUAUGAGGCGGAUAAAAUCCUCAAGGACAGUGACUAUGUCACGCUUCAGGUUAUUGAACGGUUUACCAUGUUGCAGGUCAUCUCCGUUCAUGACUUCUUGUUUGUUUACUUCACCAUUAAUGGCUUCAAGUCACCACAAUUUUAAAGAUAGAUAAGUCUAAUGAUCUCUCUAUUUUGCUUAUUGUUUAUUAAUGCUUAUAUGUUUAUGCUGAUUAUUAUUUAGAGAGAAUUCAUAUGACUACUUUUACAACAAUCUUGAGGAUUUUAUUAUCUAUUUAAUUGCAAAUAUGUAAAAAAUAAUCACCAAGCAUAAGCAAUCAAUAUAAUAUGGUUUUAUCUUCAAAUUACUAUAUGACGAGACAGAAAAGAAAGAACUUCAGAAGCAUCGAUGUAUUAAUUUGGUGUGGCUAAAUGAAUUAGGUUUGUUGAAUUCAAUGAUGAGAUCGACUUCCUAAAAGGUACAAGUUUGAUGCAAUCAAAGGUGACAUGGAUUCAAUCAGGACAGAAGUACUUGAUUUCCAUGGAUUCAUGAUCUACCUGCAUAUUUAAGUUGUUGGACACUAAUAAAGCUAAUGAGUUUGUGCUCAUGCUUAAUGUUUUUACUUUAUGUCACAAUCUUUUAUGAGCUAUUUGAUUGUUAUAUAUACCCACUACGUCUGUUUCAAUUCUGUACUAGUUUUCCUUUUAUUUGGAGUGGCAUGUUUAAUUCCAUCUACAUGAUAUGCAUUUGUCAUCAUAUGGAUUAGUCACAAUCAUUGAUCUGUAUGCUCAUAUUAAUUUGCCAACAGUAGAGGACCGUGAAUAUAAAAAUAAAAACCUUUUAUGUGGACAUUACUUGUAUUUUUAAGGUAGUUGUUGUUGUUAUUGUAAAUUAAUGCUUAUAUGUUUAUGCUGAUUAUUAUUUAGAGAUAAUUCAUAUGAUUACUUUUACAACAUUAAAUUGAUUAACGGAGUCUGUAUUCAGGGACUAAAUUGACUAAUAAGUUUAUAUUCAGGGACUAUUUUGCAAUUUAUCUGCAUUCGGGGACUAGAGUGACGACUCAUUUCCUAUUCAGGGACUAAAGUGACUAAUUUCCCAUUUAUUAUUUGCAGAGAGCACCUCAUCAACGAAAGAAGUAUCCUUGCUGCUUUUUUAAGACUUGCUCUCACGUGUGGGGUUGAGGUAAAGAAGCUAGCAAUGCACAUCUUGUUCUCACGUGUGAGCAUGAACAAAAAAUAGUUAGUACUGUGUUUUUAUUCUCACAUGCAAACUUUGCCAAGUUUGGAAUUAUUGGGUCCCACGUACGAAGGUUUGUCAACUUUCCAUAGCAAUUGAAAUAAGGGUUAAAGUAAACGUAUAUACCAAUUUUUCGGUUUAGUCCCUAUAACAUUUUCAAUUUUUACUUUUGGUUCCCCGUUUAAAGUAAACGUAUAUGUAGAAUUCAUAUUUUUAAAUAAAAUUUUGCAGAAAAAUGUAUAAUAUUAUAAGUAUCGUGACCAACGUUCCAAACAACAACUAUAAUACCUAUGCAACGCUCUUGGACUCAGGAAACUUGGUACUAUUGAACGCCUCUAACAAACAGAUUUUAUGGCAGAGUUUUAAUCACCCCACGGAUACCCUUUUACCUGGAAUGAACAUCGGACACGAUAUUAACACAGGGUACACUUUGUCUUUGAGAUCAUGGACAACUGCAGAAGACCCUGCUCCUGGACCGUAUACUCUCCAAUAUGAUGUUGGCAUGGCGAGUCUAACCAUAAAUAAAGGUUCUAAUGUGUUAUGGGUUGAUGGUAAUUCCAAUUUAUCUAUUCAGGGUGUUUUAAAUCGAGUGGAUUUGCAACUCAAAAGAGACCAUGACACACUUUCAAUCGGUAGCAAUUCUAGGUUGGUAUUGGAAGUGUCUGGGGAUCUUAAAUACCAAGGCUGGUCAGAGGAAUCUAAGCGUUGGGUUUCUCUACAAUCAUCCAAGUGCGGAACAAACAAUUCUUGUGGAAUUUUUUCCAUUUGUAAUUCGCAAGAUCGCGACCCUUGUCACUGUCUCAAUGGUUUUGAACCGUUUGAUGCUGAUUCUUGGAGAAAGGGGAAUAGGUCAGCUGGAUGUGUCAGGAUAAACGAAUUAUCCUGCAACAGUAAAAAUAGCAUAGAUGGAUUCAAACGUUUCAGUUUAGUUGAAUUACCUCCAUAUGAAGUGAACCUACAGUUCGAUGCGCUCUCACAGUGUAACAACACUUGUUACACCAAUUGUUCUUGUGUUGCUUAUGCUUAUGAUUUUAACGGCAACUGCAAGUUGUGGAAUGAUCAAGUACAGACUCUGAAGAACAUCUCAACUGAAAUUCAAGACCGUAAUAAUAAUAAACCAAAUUUUUAUCUCAGACUUGCUGGCUCGGACUUGCUUCCCCCAAAACCUAAUGAAACGACUGCAGUUGGAAGACAUGAAAACAGGAAGAGGAAUCUAAUUCUAAUUGCUACUUUGAUCUCAUUUCUAAUAUUGCUUAUACUGAUUGGUUUAUUUGUUUACUGGACUAGAAAGCAAAGGAGGAAAGGGGAUGAUUUGCUAAAUUUUGAAGUAGGCAUGACCAUGAAAGUUAAAGACUCGGAAAUUACUAAAGCAGACAAGGGUGCAAAAGUUAGGAGGAAAGAAGUCAAGUUGCCAUUAUUUAGUCUUGUGAGCGUUUCAGCAGCAACUAAUAACUUUUCCGAUACAAAGAAACUUGGCGAAGGUGGCUUUGGACCUGUUUAUAAGGGUACAUUAUUGAAUGGGGGUGAGGUCGCGAUAAAAAGGCUAUCUCGAAUAUCAGGUCAAGGAUGGGAGGAGUUGCGAAAUGAAGCAUUGUUGAUUGCGAAACUCCAACACAAUAAUCUUGUUAGACUUCUCGGCUGCUGCAUUGAGCGGGAUGAAAAAAUGCUUAUUUAUGAAUUCAUGCCCAAUAAAAGCUUGGAUUUUUUUAUUUUUGAUGCAGUAAAAAGAAGGAUGCUAGAUUGGGAAACACGGGUUCGAAUAAUUGACGGGAUUGCACAAGGACUCCUUUAUCUGCAUCAAUAUUCCAGAUUCCGAAUCAUUCACCGAGAUUUAAAAGCUAGCAACAUAUUGUUAGACGCCAACAUGAAUCCUAAAAUAUCAGACUUUGGAAUGGCGAGAAUAUUUGGUGAGAAUGUUCUUCAGGCAAAUACAAAUCGCAUAGUUGGAACUUAUGGCUACAUGUCCCCAGAAUAUGCUAUGGAAGGCGUUUAUUCGAUUAAAUCUGACGUGUUUAGCUUUGGAGUCCUUUUGUUAGAGAUUAUAAGCGGAAAGAAGAAUACUGGUUUUUAUCAAACAAAUUCCUUCAAUCUUCUUGGAUAUGCUUGGGAUCUAUGGACCAACAAUUCUGGAAUGGACUUGAUUGAUUCAAAACUGGAUGAUAUCUCCAACAAGCAUUUAGUACCAAAAUACGUGAAUAUUGGACUUCUAUGUGUUCAACAAAGUCCAGAAGAUAGACCAACCAUGUCUGAUGUUGUAACAAUGAUUGGGAAUGACACUACAUCCCUUCUUAGUCCAAAGCCACCGGCAUUUCAAAAUGUGAGAGGUAUUGAAAAUUCAAGACUCUCUAGAAGCAUAGAAGAAAACGUUUCUGUGAAUGUUGUCACAAAUUCACUAGUUGAAGCAAGAUGAGUUUAGAGUGACUUCACUAGUUUUGAGAAUUAAAAUAACUUACUUGUUUGAGUAAUUUGAAAAACUUGUUAUGUCCAUGCUACUAUAUUUUUCUUUCUUUUUUUAUCUUCCAAUGUUGUGUUUUAGUCAUCGAUUUUUUUGUGUGAAUCGGAUAUGAUCUCCACACAACUGCAUAGACUAAUCACUCAAGUCAGGUAGUGGAUGACAAAGCUCUCCUUCAAGAGAUUUAAGGCAACUGCUACAUUUAAAGGGAUGGAUUAGAACCCAUGACCUCUGGUUAAGUUAGAAGAAAUAUCUUAUCAUCCCAUCCAAGUGCUCUUGAGUGUUUUAGUCGUCAAAUUGAGUUAAGAAAGAAUGAGUUUAUUCCAAUCGCUAAUUGAAAGGAUUAGUGGUAUUGAGAUAGAAUCAAGUUGUAUGAAUGUAAUAGUAUUGUACUACAUUGUUUGGAUUAGAAUGUAGAUAUGUGAUGAGAUUAGAUGAUAUCCAUUUUGUAAUAUUCUAUUUAAGAUAUUAGUUUUUAUGCA